AUGGAAUCUUGUUUCCAAGUAACCCUGUCCUGUCUUUUGACUGUAUGGAGGUUGUCUCGUAUAAUUCGGACCGUGCUCAAGUGGGAUUGUGCUACUCGAUGUAGGCUUGCUGUUUUUCUCUGUAUUUUUCCGCUGACGGUUUUCUUGUAUACCAUCGGGAAGCAGUAUCAAAAAAGUUACGGUAGUCAUGUGAACAAACCCAUUUUGUACAUAAUUACUGCUACAUACCAAAGAAACGUCCAGCGUGCAGAACUUACAAGAAUGUGUAACACCUUACGUAAUUUGAAGGAUAUUUUAUGGAUUCUUGUAGAAGAUAGCACAGAACCUUCAUGGAUCGUAUCAAAUAUUUUAAAUGAUUGUGGUGUACCUUUUGUACAUUUAAACAUCCCAACACCACAGUCAGAAAAACCUAAAGCGAGGGAACCCUUCUGGUUUCGUCCUAAGGGCAUACGUCAACGUAAUCUUGGACUUCAAUGGUUGCGCCAGAAUCUUAUUUUAGGUAGAAACAAAGGUGUCUUAUACAUCGCUGACGAUGACAACUCCUAUAAUUUACGUAUUUUUGAGGAAAUGCGUGGUACAAACAAAGUUUCAACAUGGCCGGUUGGAUUCGCAGGUGAACUCCCAUGGGAGGGUUGUGUGACUUCUAAAAAUCGAACACAGAUUGUACGUAUGUGGUCAGUGUACAAACCCGAGCGUCCUUUUCCAAUUGAUAUGGCAGGAUUCGCAGUUAAUAUUGAUCUUAUUCUUCAACACAAGAAUGCUGGAUUUGACUACAAACGUUUACGUGGAAUGCAGGAAUCACAAUUUUUGUUAGAUCUUGGUUUAAAAAACUGGAGAGAAUUGGAACCACUAGCAGAUGGUUGUCGGAAGAUCCUAGUGUGGCAUACACGUACAGCAGAACCACUUUUAACACUAUGGCAUGAGCUGGAAUCGCAAGGAUCGAUUUUGAACCAUCUCAAUUGGACAAUGGAAAUCGUACAGGAUUUGGCAGCUUCCGCUUUAAAAGAUAAUCCAUACUUUAGUGCCGGUGCUGGAUUAUUUGGAGUUGGGAUAGGAAUGGCUGCUCUUAGAAGAAUAAGUCAAGUCAUAAACCUUCUUGUUCGCCGUAAUCUUACUUUAACUUUAGAGGUAGCCAGUCAUGAUAAGGCCUAUCCCUGGGUUUUACAUUGGAUUACGCUGAAAUCUAAUGGACCUUUAAUGAAAUGUGGAAAAAACAAAAUAGGUGGUACAAGUCAACACUUAAGUGUUGAAACUAGUGUAGUACGUACAGAAGGCGGCCGAAUCAAAGCUGCAUUCGGCUUUGUGCCCAGCGUUGGCGUUCACUAUAUGAUUCACCAAAUGAAAUUAAUUCGAAUUGAACGUGUUCGUGCUCAACAGUCCUUACAAGGUGCUACUGUAGCUCCAUUUGAAAGUGUAACUCUUACGACAUUUGGUCGCAAUGCCAGAUUUUUUAUUGAUUUGCUCGAGGAGGCUAGAGAAGAAGCUCUUGCACGUGAAAAGGGUUGGACCGUUGUUUACAAGGCUGUUGGUUCAGAAUGGCGCCAGUUUGGUUAUCCUCGUCCACGUCGACCUUUAAAUUCUGUCAUACUGCGUGAUGGUAUAGCUGAAACGAUUGUAGCCGAUGUCAAAGAGUUUGUUGACAAUCAGGCCUGGUAUACUGAUCGUGGUAUACCAUAUCAUCGUGGUUAUUUAUUAUAUGGACCGCCAGGAUGUGGCAAAACUAGUUUCAUAACAGCCUUAGCAGGCCAUUUAGAUUAUAGCAUUAGCAUGUUAAAUUUAAGCGAAUUCGGCAUGACGGCAGAUCGAUUAGAUCAUUUAUUAACACAUGCACCGCUUCAAACUAUCAUUUUACUUGAGGAUAUUGACGCAGCAGUGCAUAAUCGUAACACAUCAAAUAAUGAUCUACUUCAUAGCAAAGCUUAUGAAGGUAUGCCAACACUCACUUUAAGUGGAUUGUUAAAUGCACUAGAUGGUGUAACCUCGACAGAUGGUCGCAUCAUAUUCAUGACUACAAACUAUAUCGAUCGACUUGAUCCUGCUCUAAUACGACCCGGUCGCGUUGAUAUGCGUAUACGAGUUGACGUUUGCGACUCGUCUCAACUAGUGCGCAUGUUUAGUCGCUUCUACCCACAAUGGACGUCGUCUGACAUUAAUAAUUUAGCUCAAAAGUUCGCAAGUCUAUUAAAGGAUACACCUUUGAGUUCAGCACAAGUUCAAGGUUAUUUGCUGUUGCAUAAAGAUGACCCUUUAAAAGCAAUCACUAAUAUAAACCAACUGUUGUCACCGCAUGAUUCAUAA